UCUUAUAUGUUUUGUAUGCCAUUAAGCUACAGAAUUUCUUUUGUCCAGAGUCAUUAUUAUGAGCGAGAAGAUGUUGCUCUGCAUGGACUGGCCAAGUUCUUCCGGAAGAACAGUGAUGAAGAAAGAGAGCACGCUCAGAAAUUCAUGAAGUAUCAAAAUAGUCGUGGUGGUCGCAUCGUACUGCAAGCGAUUGCUGCCCCCUCGUUGCAGGAGUGGGGCUCAGCCUUGGACGGCCUGCAAGCGGCCCUUGACCUCGAGAAACAAGUCAACCAGUCACUGCUUGACAUUCACGUGCUGGCGAGCACCCACUCAGAUCCUCACCUCACCAACUUCCUCGAGGGAGAGUUCCUAGAAGAACAGGUUGAAGCUAUCAAGGAGCUCGCGGAUAUGAUCACACGCCUCAACCGCGCCGGCCCCACAGGCCUUGGAGAAUACAUCUUCGACAAGGAGCUUCGCGACUGAUAUCUCUACUGAAUACUUCCUUUCUAAAAUCCUGGCCUCUAUAUACUUGCGGUUAUCACAAGCCUCUCCUUAGGUGCAAGUGAGACGAGGAAUGGAUCUGUGGCUCGUUCGACCAGCAUCUGAAUGGAAGUAAUGUUGCAUAAACGAACCUUCCCAAAAUUUACAUCUUAUCCUCGGAAUGCAGAUUUUUAUUUUAGUUUACGUUGGAUCUGAGAAGUUGCCUAUAUAUCCUGUUAAAUUUUUCAGAAGA